UUUUUUUUUUUUUUUUUUUUCUGUUGUUUCUUCGUGUUCAUCUUCGUGUUCAUCUUCGUCUUGUUCUUCAUCUCAUUGUCUAUUUAUUGGACUCUUGCGCAAGAUCACUCGUGCAUUGACGUGUAGUCCGCUCAACUCAGAUUCAUUCCCUGGGUCCCAUCUUGUUGGCGAGUUUUAGAGGUUGUUUGUUUAUCUCGCUCGCAUUGCGCCCCUCCCUUUUCUUCCAUCCCAAUGCGCCCAGCGGCAGCUCGCUCGACCACAAUGCGUUUGGUUGCAUUUUGGUUGCUCGUCGCCGCCAGUCUGAGCGCGGUGGCCGAGGAGCUACCACAACCAGCGCCGCUCUUCAACCCUUCGCACCAACGCCAAUUUGAGCAGCACGGCUGGCCGCAAAACCAGUUUGUCAUGGCUCAGGCGAAUGGCAAAACCAUGGUCAACAACAAGGUUGUGCACGACUCGCUUCUCCCUCUGGAUGCCCUUGCGCAGACAGCACGUCGGAAUGCCGGUGGUGCUGGCAUGCGGCGCGGUGCACUCAACGUGAGCACCAUCAGCUACGAUGUUGAGAAGCUUGGCAACCAAGUGUCCGUUUCGCUCGCUGCUCGCGUGCAGGCCACGGCGAACGCUCCCGGAUUCGAUGUGCUGGAUGCAAACUUUCAGCUCGUGGAUCUCGGCUUCCUUGCUGGAGUCAACAUGGGCUCGUCCAAGCCAGGCUACGAGCCGGGCGACGGUGCUGCCAAUCUGAAUGAUUUUCGCCGAUUCAUGCGGUACGCCUCCACUCUGGGUGCCAACGUCAUUCGCGUCUACUCCAUCAUGCCGCCUGUCUUCUACCAAGCCUUGUACGAGCACAAUCGGGCAGCGUUCGGCUUUCCAUCCGCUGCCACCGCCUUCAGGCCCUUCCCGCUCAAUGAAUCGACCGUCAUCACCCCACUGUAUGUCAUGCAGACAGUCUGGGGCUACGACCUGACGGACGAGAUCUCGGCAGCUACCACGGGCUCUGGAACGAGCCAGUCCAUCAACAUGUUCCUCCCCGCCUCGACCAACAUUGUGCGCAAGGCCAUCACGGACGCCGUUCGGGCCGUCUAUGGCGCAGGAGAGGCCCCCUACGGUCGCAAGAUUUCGGGCGAGUUCACGUACAACAUUUCUCCCUAUCUCAUUGGUUGGAUUUUCGGAAGCACUUGGACACCCGCCGACAUUGCCAAGACCAAUGGCGCCAACGCCAACGUCCCGCGUUACAAUGGCCAGUUCUUUUCGUGCACGACUGCAGCAUCGCCCUUUGAGUGCUGGAUUGCCUAUAUGGUUGACAUUCUUGCUGCCGAAGACACCAAGCGCGGUUGGCAGCGCCCGAUCGGCAUCGCGAACGCUGUUGAGACCGAUCCCAUGACGCAUGCACUCGACCCCGGCUAUCCUUACUCGGAGAAUGACUGGCAGUCGAUCGAGGCUGCCAACAUUGUCGUCUCGCCGCCCGACCCCACCCGCGUGGGCUUUUAUGCAGGCAUGUUUUACAGCUUUGACGUGCAGCCGGGUUUCCCCGAUUUUCUUGCCGGGAUUGCUCCAACCCCAGCCUCGGAAAUUCCCUCCAACGCACCCGCCGGCGUAAACGUCAACAGCGAUCCUUACGCAGCCUACAUUGUCACCCUCCGCCAACGCUACCCGUCAGCGCCGCUGAUUGUCUCGAGUCUCGACAUUUCGACGGGCAUCCUCACCGCUCGCAUUGACGCCUCGCUCAACCGCAACUCUGGCGGCAUCGAUGAGCAGAGCGCUGGUACGGAGAUUGCCAACCUGAUCAAGCUCAUUCAAGCCGCCGGGCUCAAUGGUGUCGUCCUGUUUGAACUCGUUGAUGAGUGGUUCAAGACGACUUGGAACUCUGAGGAUGCCACAUCCCAUCCAGAGGCCUGGCUGAACAUGCUCUCUGCCUCAAGUAACACUGGUCUCGUUGCCGCAAGCUCUCCGAGCUCAAUCAUCAUUGAUGGCAACCGCCAAUCGACCAGCUCCGAGUGGUCCAAUUGCACCAACAUGCUGGGAUCGUCAGGCACUGCUGUCGGAUUCAAGUCCAUGUGCGCCCAAUUUGACGCCUCGCAACUCUUUUUGCUCGUCGAGAAGAGCAGCGACUUCCAGCCUGGUGACUCCCUCUGGAUUGCCUUUGACACUGUUCCGGGCAAGGGCGCGGUCACGUCCCAGAUCUUUUACGGUCCCGCGUCGGGCAUGGUCUCCUACAACAUUCCCGCCGACUAUCUCGUCAACUUUGACGCUUCGGCAGCCAACUCGAAUGAGUGGCAGCUGAACGUCUAUGUGAACGACAACUUGGAUGCCUACCAACGCGGUCCCUUGAUUGCCGACGCUCCGUACUACGACCUGCCCGCCGCCAGCGCUGGUCAAGAUGACUCGCGACUCGGCUACUUUUCGCUCAUUCGCUCGCUCACGCGUAAGCGCACGUACCUGGCCGACCCGAGCGUGUCUGGCUCGUUUACGGCCGUCGACCACGUCGUGACGGACUUGGGCCGUCUCCAGCGCGGCAUCAACUACUUGUACGCUCCCGCCGACGACGCCUUGGCCUCCAGCAUGAAUCGCUGGCAUGCGGUUGGCAGCACCUUGGAAGUGUCCUUGCCGUGGUCGAUGCUCGGCUUUAUCGAUCCGUCCAAGAGCGUCGUCUCCGUCCUGACGGGCAAGGGCACUGGCAUGCAAGAACACGCCUUGGAAACGGAAGAGCCUGGCGAAAUCUCGGUGCAGCUCGUUGUCAAUCAGCAGAGCCUACCGCCGGCCAAGUACCGCUUCGGCACCUGGAACAAGCCGUGCUUUUGCGAGCGCUUCAAGCCAACAGCCGCGUUCGCUGCCCAGGCAUUCUACAAUGCACGAGGGUUGCUCGACGAGUCCAACCGCAUCCAAACGACAAUCCCGAUGCACUGCGAGUGCCCUGUCGUCCCGGGCCCAGGGUGGAUGCGACUUGUCUUUGUGUACCUGAUGACCUACGGCUCGCUCUUCCUGUUGGCCAUGCUGUUCAUUGCCGGUGUCGUUCGUCCGCUUGUGUCGCGCUUGGUGCCGUGCCUUACGGGCCGCAAGUUCAAGCAGACCCACCCUGGCAUUGGCUACAUUCAAUUCUUUGCGUUUGUCUUGUUUGCGGCACUCGCCGCGGCGUUCAUCUUGUUUGGGAUUGUCCGCGAGCAGGAUCCCUACACGCUGGCGUACGACGUUGCUUCCGACGUGGAUGCCGACGAUGCAGGUCGCACGGAGUGGGAAUUUGGCAUCUACAUGGUGCUGCUGAACUGGGACGCUGUGUUUUUGGCGCUGUUCUGCAUCUUCAUCCGAUGGCCGCGCAAGCACAUUAUUCCCGUUCCGCCAAUUUUGCCGCCUGCCGAGCUGUUUGCCCAGCAACAGCAACUGCUGCGCCACCAGCAGCAUUCUCACCACCAUGCCCUCCCGCACCCGGAUUCGGCUGUCGGUUCGUCCGCCUCGUCCAUCCACUCUGACGAUGGCGAUGCAGCGCAGCCGCAGGGCAUCCAGUCGCGUGUCGGCUCUCCCCGCCUCCAGCAUCGUCAAUUCCAGCCAGUUGAUGCGCCAGCAGAAGCCAUUCGUCGCGCUGCAGAACUUGCUGUCGCCUCGCCGCAUCGCAGGUCGCGUGGCGUCCAAGGCACGUCAGAAAUGACUCAGCAGCAAUCGCGUCUGGCCGUCCCUUCCCAGGUCGACCCUUCCUAUAGCAGAAGCACCGACUUUACAAGCAUGGAAGCAACUAGCGCCUCCGAAUCUGCGCGAGCCUCCACCUCGUCCGAGACUCCGGCCCUCCCGCAGCACCUCAUGCCUGCACCGCUCCUGGUCGUACCCGAAGGCAAGGAUCUGCCUCCGUGCUGCAAGGAGGACGUGGUCAGUGCCGCGGUGGCACGAACCAAAAAGUACGACGGCAUCCACCGCGGAGGACACGCAUUCAUCAUUGCAUGCCACAACAGCUCCACCAAGAUCCACAUGACCAUUGAGAACAUUCUCUUGCGCAGCGAACCUUGGCAGGUCUUUGUUGCAGACAACGGCUCGUCUCCCGAGCAAGUGACGAGCACGGCGGAGGCAUGCAAGCAGCUGUCCCUCGACUACAACCGCAGCCAUCCCGGAUAUGCCGGCCACCCCAUCAACUUUGGCACGCUGCGCGAAGGGUCCAAGACGGUCGCCCAGUUUGCGUCCGUCUUCAACCUGCUCCGCUUUGACCGCCGCAUCGACUAUGUCACCAUGAUUGACGACGACACUGUUGUGCCGGCAUCCUGGAGCGAAGAAGAGGUGAUUGCCUACUUUGAGCGCAACGCGGCCGUCAAGUGUCUUGCCUAUCCGCUGGAGGCACGCAACCAAACGCACACGCUUGCCCACCUGGAACACUUUGAGUAUCUGCUCGCUGGCUACAUGAAGAUUGUCCAGGCCAAGCUCGGCACCACCCUGUUUGCAUCUGGAGCCUUCAAUACCUGGCGCGUCGAGUACAUUGUCGACAUUCUCUUCCGCCAUGACACGAUGCAUCACGGCGACGACCUGCAACAGGGCUUGCUGCUGCACUCGUUGGCCGGCAAGUCGUGGAUUCUCAACCCCGAGCGUGUCCAUCCUGGCAAGUACAAGGUGGAUUGUGCGGGAUCCAUUGUCGUGGCCACGGACGUUCCCGUCCACUGGUUCCACGCACGCGAUCUGCUGCCAUCUUGGCUGAUGGACCAUUGUGGGACCAUGGCAAAGUGCAAGUGCGGCGAGCCGUCCCUCUUCCAACAGCGCGCAAAGGGCUGGGAGGUCUCGCGCCAGCGCUUCUUGUGGAAGUACGCCAAAAUGUUGUUUGCCUGGCGUUCCAUCAACAGCUGGCGCGGCGUGUGGGCACGCUGCCUCGCGAUUUACGACUUGGCCCUCAUCCUGAACGACUGGGCUGUGAUUGCCUACACCCUGGCCGUGUUCCUCUACUAUCAAACGCCAAUCUACCUCCUGCGAGGCCUUGUGCUGAGCUGGGCCAUUCAACUGUUGAUUCACGUCUUCUUCAACCUGGCUGUGCUCUGGCCUGCCCGCAAGGCCGUUCCCGUCGAGGUGAUGGUCUUGUUCCCCGUGCUCUACAAGCUGCCGAUGCUCGUCUUUAUCCGCCUCUUUGGCAUGUUUUACAACCUGUUCUACUAUGUGCCGUUUGUGCGCAACAAGACCAAGGUGCGCAGCCGCUUCCACAACCGCGACAGCUUCAAGUCGAUGGUGAAUGGCGCGUACCGUCACGAGUCCGAGGAGGAUCCCGACGGAUCGCCGAGGCAAUGGUGGAUUAGUGAUGAAGCGCAUCUCUCGGAGGAGGAAUCCCGACGCAGGAUGCAAAGCUUGCAGCGCGAGUCGGCGGUCGCCGCUGCCGACGAGGUCAGGUCUGGCCGCGCGCCGUCCAUUUUCCACGAGGACCACGCAGAUUGGCAGGGCCAGACGAUGCGCAAUGCCGCAUCAGCGCUCACGGAAGGACACUUCCCUGGUGCUCGUCCGUCAAACUCUGUGCUCGAGGCGACACGAGGAGCCUCCAUCACCCCUGCUGGCCGGUUUGUCAGCAGUGGCGCCAUUGUUGGAAGUCCCCUGGGUGCGGAUGGCUCUCAUGGAUCGCCGCUGUCCGCCGAGUUUGCAGCGGCUCUGUAUGCUCUGGAAAAUAUCAACUCUUCCAGCGAGGACACAGAUCUUGCCAUCUUGGAGCGAGUGCUGGCCCGCGAAGACAACUCGGUUGCUCUUGCCGGCAGUGCAGCUGUCGGGGGUGCUGCUCUCAACGAAGCACACGCGCAUCACACCAGGACAGCAGCGGCUGCUGGUGGCAGUCAUUCUGGCAAUGUCGGCGCUGGCGACAGACCACCCGCCAACGCCGAGUAUGAGAACAUUGCUACCGACGAUCUGCGCCGCCACGUCCGCAACAUGCCUGCUCGCCCGACGAAUCUCGAUCAGGAGCUCAAAUCGGCAGUCAAGCUGCUCGAGAACUCGCAAGUGCUCACGUCCGAGUUGCCUGCCAACGCCUUCCUGCGCGCCUACUCUACCAAGCGCAGGCAACAAGUCGCUCACGGAGGUCUGGCUGGCGUGCGUGCACGCGUGGAGCCGGCAGAGUCUCCGAGCACUUCACAGACUUCGUUCAGUCCCUCAGGCUCGGUCGCCUCUGUGGGUCGCAGCGGCGAACCUUCGGCUGCUGCAGUAGUCGCGACUACCAGCACAAAUGCGCUUCCGUCCGUCUCCUCUCGCGACAUGUCGCUCGCCUCCAGUCAGUCCCAGAGCAGCGGCUCCGUGUCAGUGUUGGUUGGUGGCACGUCGACUUCGACGAUGGCUGCCCCGCGUCGCCAUUUGCGCACGUUGCUUUCCUCCAUCUCGACGAUGAAGAGUUCGGCGACCGCGUUGCCACAUGUGAGCAGCAACUUGGCCGAAACGCAGUCCCCGCCCGACUUGUCCACCCUCAAGGAGCGGCUGGCGGCCAACCACCAGGAGAAGCAGAUGAAUGCGGCCGAGGUCAUCAUCCGGGACCAAGAGCGGCAGAUGGAGCGCGCGUGUGCCGACAGGCUGGCACGCGCCUCGACGCCCGAAGAGCGCGCCGAAGCCGAACGACACAACCAACAACUCCGGGAGCAGUUCCGCGAGGAUUCUUCCGUCACGGUGCGCCUGCUGCAGCGCUCGAACAACAAGGCGCUUCAGCAGCUCCAUCCCAAGGAUAUCAUGUCUGCCGUGUCGCGUUACAACGAAGGCAAGCGUCGCUCCUCUGUCCGCCCACAAGAGGCCUCCGCUGCACGCGCAGCCGCAGCAACCGCAGCAACCGCUUCCGAGUACGUGAACGUUCAACCUCCAGCCUUGCCACCAGCCUUGCCACCGCGCAUCCCUCCGCCAGUCCCGCCACGCGGCAUUCCCAUGACACUUCAUGGCAUUGACGACGACGAUGAUAGUUCGAUUUAAGGGCGAUUGUGAACAAUUUUGAUUGUUUGUUCUGCUCUCCCCUGUUUUUGUUUUGUUUCAUUACGAUUUUUUGGUGUUUUUUGUAUGUAUUCGCUUUCUGUAUGACGAUGUGUGUUUGUGAUUUGGUUUGGUUGUACAAGAGAGUGCGAUUAUAAUCUUGAAGUUUGA